AUGGACCUGGCUUCCGAGUGUAACAUUAAAGUCAUCUGCCGAGUCAGACCCCUUAACGAAGCUGAGGAACGGGCCGGCAGCAAGUUCAUCCUUAAAUUCCCAACCGAUGAUUCCAUCUCAAUUGCUGGGAAAGUGUUUGUAUUUGAUAAGGUUCUAAAACCAAAUGUUUCACAAGAAUAUGUGUACAAUGUUGGUGCUAAGCCCAUUGUUGCUGAUGUACUUAGUGGUUACAAUGGAACAAUUUUUGCUUAUGGACAAACAUCCAGUGGGAAAACUCACACCAUGGAGGGUGUGCUGGACAAACCCUCUAUGCAUGGCAUCAUUCCACGCAUUGUACAGGACAUCUUCAACUAUAUUUAUGGAAUGGAUGAAAACUUAGAAUUCCAUAUAAAAAUUUCAUACUAUGAAAUUUACUUGGACAAAAUCAGGGAUCUUUUGGAUGUUACCAAGACCAACUUAGCUGUCCAUGAAGACAAGAACAGAGUCCCAUUUGUCAAAGGUGCCACUGAACGAUUUGUGUCCAGUCCUGAAGAGGUGAUGGAAGUUAUUGAUGAGGGUAAAAACAACAGACAUGUAGCUGUGACAAACAUGAAUGAACACAGUUCUAGAAGUCACAGUGUAUUUUUAAUCAAUGUCAAGCAAGAAAAUGUUGAAACUCAAAAAAAACUAAGUGGCAAACUUUACUUAGUUGAUCUUGCUGGUAGUGAAAAAGUGAGCAAAACUGGUGCAGAAGGUGCUGUCCUGGAUGAAGCUAAAAAUAUCAACAAAUCUUUGUCAGCUCUUGGAAAUGUCAUUUCAGCUCUUGCUGAUGGAAAUAAAUCUCAUGUCCCAUACAGAGAUAGUAAAUUGACGAGAAUUUUGCAAGAAAGUUUGGGUGGCAAUGCUCGAACUACUAUGGUGAUCUGUUGUUCUCCUGCCUCUUACAAUGAAGCGGAGACUAAAUCUACUUUGCUUUUUGGCCAGAGAGCUAAGACUAUCAAGAAUGUUGUAACUGUUAAUGAAGAACUUACAGCUGAUGAAUGGAAACGAAGAUAUGAGAAAGAAAAAGAAAAGGUUACUAAGCUCAAGGCGACUAUGGCUAAACUUGAGGCAGAACUACAGAAAUGGAGAACUGGGCAAGCUGUAUCUGUAGAAGAACAAGUUGAUCUGAAGGAUGAUAUUCCUGCUGAAUCUCCUGCCACCAGUACAACUAGCUUGGCUGGAGGACUCAUCACUUCAAUGAAUGAGGGCGACCGCACACAACUGGAAGAAGAGCGUCUUAAGCUUUAUCAACAGUUGGAUGACAAGGAUGAUGAAAUUAACAAUCAAUCUCAAUUGAUUGAGAAACUAAAAGAACAGAUGAUGGAACAAGAAGACUUAAUUGCCCAAUCUCGUCGUGAUUAUGAGAACUUACAACAAGAUAUGUCUCGCAUCCAAGCUGAUAAUGAGUCUGCCAAGGAUGAAGUCAAAGAAGUCUUGCAAGCCCUUGAAGAGUUGGCCAUGAACUAUGAUCAGAAGUCUCAGGAGGUAGAAAACAAAAAUAAGGAGAAUGAAAAUCUGAGUGAGGAACUUAACCAAAAAUUGAGCACCUUGAAUAGCUUACAAAAUGAAUUGGAUCAGCUGAAGGAUUCAUCUAUGCACCACAGGAAAAGGGUUACUGAUAUGAUGAUUAACUUAUUGAAAGAUCUUGGUGAUAUUGGUGCUAUUGUAGGUGGAAAUGCUGCAGAAACCAAGCCUACUGCUGGUUCUGGUGAGAAGAUUGAGGAAGAAUUCACUGUAGCUCGUCUCUAUAUUAGUAAAAUGAAAUCUGAAGUGAAGACCUUGGUAAGCCGAAACAGUCAACUUGAAAAUAAUCAACAGGACAAUGCGAAGAAAAUUGAAGAACAUGAAAAGGAUUUGUCCAAUUGCAAAUUACUCAUCCAACAACAUGAAGCCAAAAUGGCUAGUUUACAGGAAGCCAUAAAAGAUUCUGAGAACAAGAAGAGGAUGUUGGAAGACAAUGUGGAUUCUCUUAAUGAGGAGUAUGCCAAACUUAAAGCUCAAGAACAAAUGCAUUUAGCUGCUCUGUCCGAACGGGAGAAGGAGACUAGCCAAGCUAGUGAAACCCGAGAAGUUCUUGAGAAACAAAUGGAAAUGCAUCGGGAACAACACCAAAAACAACUUCAAUCUUUACGAGAUGAAAUUUCAGAAAAGCAGGCUACUGUGGACAAUCUUAAAGAUGAUAACCAGAGACUUACCUUGGCUCUGGAGAAACUUCAGGCAGAUUAUGACAAACUGAAGCAAGAGGAGGUUGAAAAGUCUGCCAAGUUGGCCGAAUUAUCAUUGCAGAUUGAUCGUCGCGAGCAGGCCAAACAGGAUCUCAAAGGACUUGAAGAGACUGUCGCAAAGGAGCUGCAAACACUACAUAAUCUUAGGAAACUUUUUGUACAAGAUCUGCAAAAUAAAGUUAAAAAGUCAUGCAGCAAGACUGAGGAAGAAGAUGAAGAUACUGGUGGUAAUGCUGCCCAGAAACAAAAGAUCUCUUUCUUAGAAAAUAAUCUUGAGCAGCUGACUAAGGUUCACAAACAGCUUGUUCGAGACAAUGCUGACUUGCGCUGUGAGUUGCCCAAGCUGGAGAAAAGGUUACGUGCUACUAUGGAGCGAGUCAAGUCCUUGGAAUCUGCUCUCAAGGAUGCCAAGGAAGGCGCUAUGAGAGACAGAAAAAGGUACCAGCACGAGGUGGAUAGAAUCAAAGAAGCUGUCCGCCAGAAGAACCUCGCUCGCCGAGGACAUGCUGCACAAAUAGCCAAACCAAUCCGGCCUGGACAACACCAGUCUGUUUCUCCUGCGCAGGCAGCAGCUAUUCGCGGUGGUGCAAGGCAUAAGUAUCUAGUUGGAAGAGAAGUUUUUACUCCCAUUCAUCAAAGAACAACAGAACUACAAAGCUUUCUAAUUUUCUUUUUUCUCUCUAUUAAAUCCAUUGCUUGGUUUACUGUGAUUUUCUUUCAUUGUCCCCCUCCCGCACCUACGUGUUCUACUCCACCCUCUCCUCGUCUUCAAUAUUUCUGUAUAUUAACUGCUAAUGUUUUGGUUCAGCACACUUGUCUCUUGCUUUCCUGCCUGCUUGCUCAUAUAUUUGGCUGGUGGUUUCUCUGGCUGCCUUACCCUGACCACAUACCAUAA